GUCUUUGCCGAGCGCCCGCAGGUUCCCAGCCCGCCCCGCGCCCCCCGGUGCGCACUCUCAGUCCGGCCCAGGCGGUGCACCUCCCACCCAAGUCCUCCAACCCUGGCGGGUGUGCUCGCGGAGGGAAACUGAGGCAGGGAACGUGCCUGUGAGCUCGUUCCUUCCUCAGUCUACACCCCACAAGCCGCAAAGCUGCCGAGCCCUCCUGAGACCCGCAUGGAACAGGGAAGAACAGGAGGAAGGGGAGGGGGCGCGAAAGCAAGCCGGGUCUGUGGAGUCAGCCGGUCCUGCCACACUCAAGAUGGCGGCGCGGCAGCGGCGAGGUCCCUCAGAGGCGGUACCAGCGCAUGCGCAGCGCGGAGUCCCGGCCCGGGACACAAGAUGGCGGCAGCGGCGCUGGGGAGGGCGAGGCGGAGGCGGCAAAACGGGAGGUCGAGCAGAACGUGUAGCCGCGUCCCCUCGAGUCCGCUCCAGGCAGUUGCUGAUGCAAGGAAUUCCCUGGGCCCCCGUCCACUCCACUGCUGACCAGCCCACCCACCCGUGCUGAGCCUUCCUGCAGGCCUUCCCCCUGCCUCUGGGAUCCUGUGACGUGGGGGUCCAUCCGGUCGGAGAAGAAAACCCUCUCAUGCUAGCAUUGCAGACCCCAGAGGGUGAGAAAAAGAGGGACCUUUUGCAGGCUUAAGACAUAUGGGCUCAGCCCCAAGGCACCGGGAAUCCCUCCUCCCCAGAGAAUCAAGCCUUUUCUCCCCUCGCCAAUCAGAGCUUCUGAUCAUCAUGAGAUAAUCAGUGUGACCACAACGAGUUGAUAAAAUUUCAGCAAGCAAAGAUAACUGAUGUUUCAACAUGCCUUUGUGCUCUUUUUGUGGGUCCGGUGUGGGUGCUGAGAUGGCCAAUGAGAAUCACGGCAGCCCCCGGGAAGAAGCGUCCCUGCUGAGUCACUCCCCAGGCACCUCCAAUCAGAGCCAGCCCUGUUCUCCAAAGCCCAUCCGCCUGGUGCAGGACCUCCCAGAGGAGCUGGUGCAUGCCGGUUGGGAGAAGUGCUGGAGCCGGAGGGAGAACCGUCCCUACUACUUCAACCGAUUCACCAACCAGUCCCUGUGGGAGAUGCCUGUGCUGGGCCAGCAUGACGUGAUUUCGGACCCUUUGGGGCUGAAUGCGACCCCACUGCCCCAAGACUCAAGCUUGGUGGAAACCCCCCCGGCUGAGAACAAGCCCCGAAAGCGGCAGCUCUCGGAAGAGCAGCCAAGCGGCAAUGGUGUAAAGAAGCCCAAGAUUGAAAUCCCCGUGACACCCACAGGCCCAUCAGUGCCUAGCUCCCCCAGUAUCCCAGGAACCCCAACGCUGAAGAUGUGGGGGACAUCCCCCGAAGAUAAACAGCAGGCAGCUUUCCUCCGACCCACCGAGGUGUACUGGGAUCUGGACAUCCAGACCAACGCUGUCAUCAAGCACCGAGGGCCUUCAGAGGUGCUGCCCCCACACCCCGAGGUGGAGCUGCUUCGCUCCCAGCUCAUCCUCAAGCUUCGGCAGCACUACCGGGAGCUGUGCCAGCAGCGAGAGGGCAUCGAGCCCCCUCGAGAAUCUUUCAACCGCUGGAUGCUGGAGCGCAAGGUCGUGGAUAAAGGCUCUGACCCCCUGUUGCCAAGCAACUGUGAACCGGUCGUGUCACCUUCCAUGUUUCGUGAAAUCAUGAAUGACAUUCCCAUCAGGUUAUCCCGAAUCAAGUUCCGGGAGGAAGCCAAGCGUCUGCUCUUUAAAUACGCAGAGGCCGCGAGGCGGCUCAUUGAAUCCAGGAGUGCGUCCCCCGACAGCAGGAAGGUGGUCAAAUGGAACGUGGAGGACACCUUCAGCUGGCUGCGGAAGGACCACUCAGCCUCCAAGGAGGACUACAUGGACCGUCUGGAGCACCUGCGAAGGCAGUGCGGCCCCCAUGUGUCCGCCGCGGCCAAGGACUCCGUGGAGGGCAUCUGUAGUAAGAUCUACCACAUCUCCCUGGAGUAUGUCAAGCGGAUCCGUGAGAAGCACCUUGCCAUCCUCAAAGAAAACAACAUCCCAGAGGAGGUGGAGGCCCCAGGAGUGGAGCCCCGCCUGGUGUACUGCUACCCAGUGCGGCUGGCCGUGUCCGCGCCCCCUAUGCCCAGCGUGGAGAUGCAUAUGGAGAAUAACGUGGUCUGCAUCCGGUAUAAGGGAGAGAUGGUCAAGGUCAGCCGCAACUACUUCAGCAAGCUGUGGCUGCUUUACCGCUACAGCUGCAUUGACGACGCCGCCUUUGAGAGGUUCCUGCCCCGCGUCUGGUGUCUCCUCCGCCGGUACCAGAUGAUGUUUGGCGUGGGCCUCUACGAGGGGACAGGCCUGCAGGGAUCGCUGCCCGUGCACGUCUUUGAGGCCCUCCACCGGCUCUUCGGCGUCAGCUUUGAGUGCUUCGCCUCGCCGCUCAACUGCUACUUCCGCCAGUACUGCUCCGCCUUCCCGGACACGGACGGCUACUUUGGCUCCCGCGGGCCCUGUCUGGAUUUCUCCCCGCUGAGUGGCUCCUUUGAGGCCAACCCUCCGUUCUGCGAGGAGCUCAUGGAUGCCAUGGUCUCUCACUUUGAGAAACUGCUCGAGAGCUCACCAGAGCCCCUGUCCUUCAUCGUGUUCAUCCCCGAGUGGCGAGAACCCCCCACGCCGGCGCUCACCCGCAUGGAGCAGAGCCGCUUCAAACGCCACCAGCUGGUCCUGCCUGCCUUCGAGCACGAGUACCGCAGUGGCUCCCAGCACGUCUGCAAGAAGGAAGAAAUGCACUACAAGGCUGUCCACAACACGGCCGUGCUCUUCCUACAGAACGACCCUGGCUUUGCCAAGUGGGGGCCGACGCCAGAGCGGCUGCAGGAGCUGAGUACCGCCUACCGGCAGUCAGGGCGCAGCCACGGCUCUGGCUCCUCCGCUUCCUGCUCAGAGAACAAGGACCGGGACUCGGGUCGCGAACAGGGCCCUAGCCGCGAGCCUCACCCCACUUAACACAUCCUGCGGGGAGGAGGAGCCCCAGGGCGCUGGUGUGGACUGCUGGGACUCAGGCCUCUUGGGGCUGAGCAGACCCCAGGACCCUCCCCCUGAGGUGGCAGCAGGACUCAGGCUGCCAGUGUCAUAGGAAGAUGAUGCCUCUGCCAGGGCUCCCCCUCCCUGCCCGAUCCCCCAACUCCUCACCUCAAACUCACUCCAUCUCCCGUGUAAAUAGGUCCCAUCCCUUCCCCGUCCUCCCCCAAUCCCUACUAUCUUAUCACCAUCGUUUCAUUUGUAAAAGGAAAUACAGAAACCCCCCUAAGAAUG